UCGUCUAUUGCCAAGGGGCGUGCCGGCGGAAACCACAGCGGGAGCUCAAUGUGUACCUGUGUCAUGUCCUUUAAUUAGCUUUCCCAGGUGGACGAGCCAGAUAAUUUUACCUUUAUCGAGCAAAGAAAUCUCACACGCAUGCAGCGAGAGUCUCUUCGCCAGCACUAACACACACACAGUCGUACUUUGGAACCCCUGAUUGCUCUGGAGUAUUGAAAGGUUUUGAAAUCCGAGGCUUAUUCUUGAGCAACAUGAGGACCGUCACCUGUGCAGCACCGGUCAACAUAGCGGUUAUCAAGUAUUGGGGAAAGCGGGAUGAGAGAUUGAUACUGCCUGUGAAUGACUCCAUCAGCUUUACUCUGAGCCUAGAUGAGAUGUAUUCCAAAACAACAGUUUCAAUUUCACCAACUUUUACCGAAGACAAGUUUUGGCUGAACGGAAAGGAAGAGUCUCUAGAAAAUCCAAGAAUACAAAAUUGCCUGAAAGAGAUAAGACGAACGGGCAUCUAAGAGAAAGUUAGAAGGAUCUGAUGAAGACGUCUUGAAUUGGCACGUGCACAUUUGUUCUACCAACAACUUCCCUACUGCUGCUGGCUUGGCUUCAUCUGCAGCUGGAUAUGCCUGUCUAGUCUAUGCCCUUGGCCAAGUGUAUGGAGUUGAAGGGGACUUAUCAUCCAUCGCUCGACAGGGGUCAGGCAGCGCAUGCCGCAGUGUACAUGGUGGCCUUGUGCGAUGGUACAAAGGAGAGAUGGAGGAUGGCACCGACUCUUAUGCUAGGCCAAUUGCGCCAGCUAAUCAUUUCCCAAACCUUCGUGUCAUUAUCUGUGUUGCUAAUGAUGGGCGAAAGAAAACAGGCAGCACUGAAGGAAUGAGAAGAACAGUGCAGACAUCAAGGCUGAUGCAGUACCGAAUAAGGGAAUCUGUUGGACUGCGAAUUGAUUCCAUGAUGCAGGCAAUAAAAGAAAAGAAUUGGUCAGCAUUUUGUGAUCUGACAAUAGCAGACAGUAAUGAGAUGCAUGCUGUUUGUCAAGACUCCUUCCCACCAUGCAUAUACAUGUCAGACACCUCUCAUGCAGUGGCAAGUCUUGUGCACCAGUACAAUGAAAUUCAAAUCUCCAAAGGCAAUCUUAACAAUAAGGUUUGCUACACAUUCGAUGCAGGUCCGAAUGCAUGUUUGUUUGUCCCUGGAGCUGUUGCCAAUGAAAUGCUCUCUCUCCUACUUCGUACUUUCCCUCCAAGCUCCCCUCAGAAUGCUGAUAGCUUCAUUCGAGGGAUGAAGCCACAGACAUUGACGCUAUCAAAGGAACUGGAAUCCAUAGCUGAUGAGAAUGCCCAGAGUGGACGCUUGAAAUACCUCAUCCACACCAAAGUGGGUGAGGGCCCUAGAGUACUCACUGAAGACGGAGCCCACUUGCUAGACCCUGUGUCCGGACUGCCAACUGAAUCUGGUGGCAUGGCAUAGGGACUGACCACUGGAGGUAAAGUGUGGGGCAGGUGCAAGCGAACGCUGUCUGAGUACGUCCAGAAGGUCCUAGUAGUGUCAUCACGAUUAAAAGACAGGAAGUCUCCAACUGCUCAGCAAUGAGUAAUCCAGAUGAGGAAAUAUGCAAGAUUGGAAAUAGAGAUUUUUAGUUUUUACUUGCCAGGGAAAUGUAAAACUAUGGAGAAGUAUAAAAGUAUAAGAACAAACUUUUUUAUAUAGUUAUAAAAUAUGGGUACUUUGUUCACUUCAGUAACAAGCCUAGCAUGAUAAACUGCAGCUCAAAAUGUCAAAGGAGUAGAGCUGUGAAAAGAAUCUCACUGUAUCCAGCCAGUUUUUGCAGUACACCCAUGUGGAUGGACAAUCAGAAAAUUUAUAUUUGGGAUAUUCUUUAUUAUGGGAAUAUCUCGCAUCUUGAAGAUGUAAACCUCCACAGCCUUUAUCAUUUACUGUGAUGCUCAUCUGUAUGCCUGCACUUUCUUCCAGAUAUUUCUGUAGCCAUGACUGGUACCUUCUACCACUGUGCCUGCCUGGAGUUGGCCUUUUAUCAGAAUGGUCAUCUUUAAUUAUUCACAUAUUAAAGUGAUUUGUAGACAAACAUGUCAUGUGGUGAUUCUCAGGAAAUCCUACCUAUGAUAUCAGUAUUAUAAUGUGUGUAACAAAACUAGCUGGUUAUACAACUUAUAUAUGAUGAGAACAAAUGAACCAUCAUAAAUCUCAAAGAACCAGGUGCCAGUUACUAUGUGAUAGUUUCCAAGUGGAAACCAAAUCUUAUUAGAUAUUUCUAAGAUUCACAUAAACUUGUGUGAAUUACCAUAGUCAGUUAUUAUUGCGAACAAAAUAAACUCUGCAUUUACAUCACAUAUUGCUCACAAAGUUAUAUGUUACCAGUGACUAUGUAAAACAAUUUACGUAAUUGAGAAGCAGGAUUUUCAUGUUGCAAAACCUACUCAGAGAAUGGUUGCCUGCACUUUCAGUUUCUUGGUACUCUAUGGAUUCAACUAUGUUUGUGAUUACUAGUACAAUAUUACAAGAAUAAUGAUCUAAUAACAAAUGAAGAACUCAGGGGAGCGUGAAGUGGUUAUCAUUAUCUUGUGAAUUCAUCUAGAGAACCAUUAUGGUAAUUAGGUGAAUUGAGCUGCUGUUUCACUUUUUAUAACCUAUUUCUUCAAUGUUAGGAUUCCAGAUAGAACAAAGUUAUCUAGAGUGAUUUCUUUCUUGUGCUAGGCAUUUCUUAGUGACAAAUGAGCAACAGUGUUUCUUUUCUCACUUUGAAAAUUAUAUUCCAGGAUAUGAUUGAAUAUUAGACUAGAUAUUUGUUUACAUUUUAGCUGAGAAUAUUUAGACACAGCUUGCAUCAUAAGCUAGCAAGUAAGAUUAAAUGAUAUAUUCAUUUCUUGAGUUAGCAGCUGAUUAAGAUUUCGACUAUAGAAAUCAAAUGUAUUUUUACAGAUGUGUUAGAUUUUCUACAGUAACAAAGGUUGCUUAAUUGCUGUAUAUACUAGUUACAUAUUUACUUUGAGGUUUUUAUUAGAAAGUGAAGGACAAAUGUUUAUAAUGAUAAAAUGUUAUCUCUUGAAUAUUGAUUGUAUGUUUAUGCAUUUAAGGUAAUUGCUAAAUCUAAUGGUUUGACUCUGAAUCGGAAAUUAAGAGAUUGUUAAAAAAUAUUAUGUUGUUUAAGCAACCAAGUUUGAAUGUAAUAGUUUGCAUAAAUCUUACUAACUGGCCCACAGCAACUGUCAAACUGGGAUUUUUUUUUUUUUUUUUUCCUCAUGGGUGUGUUGUAUUCAAAUUAAGUGGAUUCUUGCUGUGAUAUGUAUGAGAACACACUCAUAAGUUAA